AAUCAGCUGCUGCUGAUGAUGAAGGGGGAGCUUGUGACUUUUUUCCCCUUCUGCCAGUCGAACACAGUCCAGCGCUAUAAGACAGACAGACAGACUACUUAACGGAUUUGAACAGGAUGGCGAGCACAGACAGGACGACAUGGUCGGUGUACUUACACUAAGUCUGGCAGCGGGACGCGGAGGGAAAAGAGAAGGUGGUGACUUGGAUGGUGCCAUGUGAGUGACUGAAGACCAUGAAGUCCACACACAAGCUGCUGUUUGUCCUGUGCCCCAUGCUGGUCCUGGGCUUUAUUUACUACUCCUCCGGGAAGCUACAUCUGCACGUGUGGGGUCAGAAGCCUCAAAGUGUUGCAGAAGCCCCAGCUGUAGCGCAGACUAAAGGGACUGAAGUGAAAAACAUUACAGAGCUGGAAACGGACAUCACCGUGGGACGAAUAGUAGGCUCAGUGUAUGAUAAGCAGGGCUUUCUGCUGCAGCUGGACACAAAAUUGCCACCGGAGUUGGCAUACAAGUACGGGAACCUCACUGAAGGAGCAUGUAAGCCAGGCUAUGCAGCAGCCAAGAUGGCCACCAUCUAUCCAAAGUUCACAAAACCAGCCCCCAUGUUUCUUGAUCGGAACUUCAAACGUCUAGCAAAAGUCAGCAAUUACUUGCCUCCGUUUGGCUUCAAAACACAAGAGAGAAUCAUAGACAGCAUUUUAACUGCCACUAAAACCUAUGGGCUUGGAGAGGAGCUGGACAGCCUGAGCUGUCGAAGAUGCAUCAUUGUGGGCAAUGGUGGCAUCUUGGCCAACAAGUCUCUGGGUGCCCGUAUUGAUGACUAUGAUGUUGUCGUGAGGUUAAAUGAGGCCCCAGUAAGUGGCUAUGGUAAGGAUGUUGGGACCAAAACUACCAUGAGGAUUACUUAUCCAGAGGGAGCUAUUCAGAAGCCUGAAAACUAUGAGAAAGACUCACUCUUUGUUUUUUCUGCUUUCAAACCACUGGAUUUCAAGUGGCUCAGACAGAUGGUCUUCAAGGAAAAACUGAGAGGCGUAGAAGGGUUUUGGAAGUCUGUGGCCCACUACGUGCCUAGAGACCCAGUUGAGAUGAGAAUCCUAAAUCCCUACUUCAUCCAGGAGGCUGCCUUCCAAUUCAUAGGCCUACCCUUCAAUAAUGGGUUGAUGGGCAAAGGGAACAUUCCAACUUUGGGGACAGUUGCUAUAACAAUGGCACUGCAUAACUGUGAUGAGGUGGCCGUGGCUGGUUUCGGCUAUGAUAUGAACAAGCCCUACGCGCCCCUGCACUACUACGAGACGGUAAAGAUGUCCGCCAUUAAAGAGUCAUGGACACACAACAUAUCCAAGGAGAAGGAAUUCCUUCGUAAGUUGGUGAAAGCCAGUGUGAUCACAGACCUGACCAAUGGCAUCUGAGUUUACACCCACCCAGAGUUAACUUCUGCCAUUCCCAAAGAACUGCAGAACAGGAUGCUGGGAAAUGGCGCAAGUUGGAGAGCGAGCCCUCAGAAUGUGUGUGCGUGUGUGUGUUCCACACACUGCUGGAGUUUCAUAUCAAAGGAGAUUAUUUAAAAGACGCACAGAGGAGGGUUUGUGUGGAGAGAUGCACUCACAUGUGCCUUCUGAACCAAAGACUCCUGCCGAUGAAAGCAGGGGGAACAUGAGGAGCAACGCAUCUGUCUGCGUUUUUUUUUUUUUUUUUUGCCUUUUUAAAAGACUCACGGCAAAGCUCUGCUAGCCCCCCACCCUUCACCAAACACCCUGACGUUUACUGCUUCACAAUCUUUGAGCAUCACAUGACUGAGCAGGAAGUCACAUGUCAUGGUGCAGGUGUCACGCAAUGUACUGAAAGGCGGACUUACUGGAUAACUUGAUGAAUGGGGCAAAAGAAACAGAAGGACUGAAACGGAGACUGUGCCGAGACGGAUUGAGUAUUAGCAGUGCCAAAUGUACCUCGUAGAAGGGAGAGGUUGUCUUCCUCUCCUUUUGCUGCCUGAAUGUAUUCACUAUUCUCAGUGUAAAUAUCAAAGAUUUUUAAUGCGCUUUUUGACAAGACGCAGCAGCCCUGCUACGCGCCGCCUGUUUGUUUACUGUCACCCUGCAGUUCAAAAGUCAAACAGAAAGGCAAUGAAAACGCAACUGUCUAAAUGUAAAAGUCAUGUUAAUAUCAUGUGUUAGGCUACAAUUACGUAGAGUUACGGGAGUGUAACAAACACAGCAGGUGGUUUUCAGCACGUCUGGUUUGUUGAAGAAUGUUAGUUGUAUGACGCCUAAAUGCUUCCUUGUUACCAAUCACACCUGUGCAUUAUGGGCAUGUCAAACCUGAGGUUGUCCUCCUUUGAGGUUACCUGAAGCGGUGGAUGGACUGCGAUCAGGUGUGAGACAGGACUGUUGUGUUGUCUAGCACCAUAUUCACGGUUGCUUCCAGACCGCUGAAGCAACUGGUUGACACUGUCUGCACCAAGAGAAGACACACAAGUGUCAGAACUCUGUGUAUGUCUCGCACCUGUGCAUUUGUGCAAAAACAUCAGAUCAGGAGCGGCACAGACCUGCAAGGCAGCGAUGGGCUACAGCUGGAGGUCACAUGGUCAACAGGCGAGGGAUAAACAUCAUCUCAAAUGAAUCAAGGUCUGUUAUGUCAGCCCAACUUUAUGGCUAACCCUGUGUCGUGGAGAAGAUGGUUUUGGUUGCGAUGUGGUCUGACGUGCCAUCUGUUCUUCUGCUUGUGUGGGUACAACAUGUAUUUAACAACAGACUGCUGUUUGAACAUGACCGUCAUCAGGUACACACUUAAACACACACAAGAUGAGCCAGAAUUUACAAGGGUGGUGCUGUGGACCUCCAUCACUAGGCACAAACUCCACAGACUGUCCGUGGGCUGAGAUUGACGGACGUGUCCAGCAGCAGCCAAACCCGCCUCAUGAAGUCAACGGCCUGCUCUCACCUUGCAGCGUCACUGACCACAAACCAUCCGUCCUUUGUGCUUGCGGUGGUCACGCCUGAGACUAUUUAGUUUUUUUUUUCCCAGUGCUGUCUUCACACCUGCAUUUUCAGUUAUUAUUAUAAUAAUGGUUUUUAAAAUAAGGCAUUUCUUGAGUUGCGUUUUCAUUGCCCUUCGGUAUAUAUUGACAAAUCAGAUGACAGCUUAGGCCUUCGGCCAGACCUCUGAAAGUGGGUGUGUCACUAUCACCUAAGAUGGCAGAACUUACCACCCAGAAUUUACCAGAUAUUUAUAUUCCUGAUUGUUUAGGUAUGAUAGUCGCUGUACAGUAACAGCUAUCACCAAGGAGGCAUCAGUGAAGGGUUAAUGUUUUAAAAUGCUCCAAGUGUACCACAUUAUUUAUCUGAUCAUAAAGAUUCCGAAAAGGUCUGCUUUGGAGGGGUUAUGAGGAGGUUAAAAACGGCAAAAUUGGUGACAGAAGUCAAUUCCAGUUUGUAGGUGGAUCAAAAGUUAAACUUGCUCCAAUUUUGUUGAAAAGUAGUAGAAAUGAUUGGUUAAUAGGGUUCUAAGAAGGAAUCAUUUGGUCUGUCAUGUUAAGGGUUAACAUGUCAUAUGUCACAAUCCAGUGGACGUCAGCCUUGUUUGACCUUUGGAGACCAAGCAUUCAACAUGAUCAAAACUAUUCCAUUUAUUUGUCCCAUUAGUUCGAUGAAUAACUUGCAUUAGUUUUUACUAAAAUCUGAGCACUGAACAAACUGAAACUGACUUUUAUCAUUUUUUUGCUGUUUUUAACCUCAUAACUCUUAACAUUUAGUCAUAAAUAAUCCAAACUAUACCUUUUUGGAAUCUUGAUGACCAAGCAAAUAAUGUGAUACACUUCAUAACAGGAUUGGAGCAUUUACAAAUUUGACCCCUGCGUAGUCCUUUGGUAGCUAUCUGGCUAUAGCUGCCACCCUCCAAUGGGUAACAGAUAUUUUUCAACCCCUACAGAUAAGCGUCCAAAAUGCCAUGUCAAAUGUUUUGCCACCCUGGGUGGUAGUGACCAACUUAUCUUGGCCAUGGACUGUCUCCAGCAGAUGUUACCUGCCGCCAGUCAGGUUCACAAGUAUUUGGACAGUAUUGAUUUUUGAAAUGUUGAUGCAAAAUUACAAAAAUUGUCAGUAUCCAAAGGACGUGAGUUCUCUUACCAAAACGUAGUACAUGCAAGUAUGUUUCAAGUAUACUUCCAGUUUACUUUUUAUAUACUUAUCAGUACUGUUUUUUGGUAAGGGAAGUGGCUAAACACAGACAUUUAGUUAAGUAGUCAGAUUCUUACUGAAGAGCAACUACCUUCACAUGAAAGGCCACCAAAUAAAUAAAUUAUAAAUUAUUUAUAAGUGUGAGCAAGUUUUUAAAUUUUGAAUGUUUUUAUUGAUUAUUUGAAUUGUGUCAUAGUAUAUCAAGCAUGUCAAAUGGGUUGUAUGGAAGUUGAAGCUAUUAUGAACAACAACGACAGUGUUUGGAGGAUGUGACUGUAUUAUUCAAUGAAGCAGCUUUGGCAGGCAAGCCCAGAAAUGAAAUUUGAAAGUGGUGAUGUUUGUCUUUUUUUUUUUUUUGUCAUCUCAGGAGGGACUUUGUCCUCUUGUGCUGUUGAUGUCACUGUUGGGUUUUCAUCACGCGUACAGUGACGCAUCCUGUCCUGCUCAGGCUUCACUUUGAUGCCACAGUUUCAUCUCUCGCUGCAGGCUGACACUUCAUCAGCUGCUCAAAUCUUGGAUUCAUUCGUUUGUUUGUUUUCUGUGCCUGCUUAUUUCAAAGCUUGGAUUGUAAAAUAGAUAUAUUUUUUGCUUAAAAUUUAUUUUAAUUAUUUAUUUUAUUACAAUUUCCUACAGAAAUGAAACUUUAACGGUCACACUGACACUGUCUAGUUCUUCCUCACUUUGAUUCUAAAGAAACAACAAUAAAACCUUUACCCUACGGUCAGAUUAGCUACAAAGGAGGGUGGUGUUUGUCGCUUGAUGGGCGUUCCCGGGGCAUCGCCAUCUCCUGGUUACUUGACAUUGUGCACAAUAUUUAAUGAUGAUUAUAAAGGACAGGAAAACCCAACACCGUCAGUUUUUUCCCCCCAUGCUUGACUGCUUAAUGGAACCAAAGUUUGCUUGAUUUGUUUCAUUACAACCUCUUUCACAGUGAUGUUCCUGUAUCACUAGUUAGCAUGCCAACAUCUUAAGAUGUCUUCUAAAUCACUUCAGAGUUAUCUGGUUACAAAAGCAUACUUUUUAGAUUCAAAAGCGUUGAUUUCUCGCAAACUUUGACAAAACGAAGGGGAAAAAAAUUCAUACAGUUAUACAGAAAUACUGCAAUUUCAGAGCAUAUUCUGCCAUCUUGGAUUAUUUUUGUCAAGCAACCAGCUAAUGUCACACUGCCUGGUUACUCUGGUUGGCAGUCACUGUGUCAUGUUGCAGAGCAGUUGCAUAAAAUAGUCUUCUCGUCUGUUUUGGCCCCACCUAGCUGGCAGCAUAGCCAUAGUCUCUUUUCGCUGCAAAAUGCCCAAUGAUUAAAAAUGGAUGGCAGGUUGUCAUUUUGUCUCCAUCUCUUGUAGCUAAUGUGACCGUAGGGUUAAAUGUUUCUCGUGGUCUUCCUCAUAUCCCAUUGUUUCUGAAGUUACAGCUCCUUUGGCAGCUCUUGGGAAAUUAGUCCAUGUGCCUGAAGCCAAUUUUAACCUAAAUGGUACCACUUAAGGGGACUAAACGAAACGAUCCAGCUUGAGUAUCAAAUGACCACCACAGAAUAUAUGGUGGUUAAUGCAGGGUCGUAGCUAUAGCCAGGUAGGGGUCAACCUUUAAAAAAAAAAAAAAUGCUCCAAUCAUAUUGAAAAGUAUCUCACAUUAUUUGACUGAUCAUGUAGAUUCCAAAAAAUUGUAGUUUAGCCAGUCUUUGACAUAAUGUUAUGGAGUUAAGGCGUAAAAAUGGUAGAAAUGGUAACAGGUCCAUUUCAGUUUGUACAGGGGGUCAAAAGUUAGAGCUGCCACAAUUCUGGUAAAAUGUGAUACAAGCUAUUGGUUGAGCAAAGAAGGUUUUUAAAAAGCAAUAGUUUGCACUGUUGCAUUUGGUUAUCAUGUUACAGAGUGAUGUGAUGGAAUCCAGCGAACCUUGUCCUGGUAUGACCAUUACAUUGGAGACCAAGCAUUCAACACAGUCAAAACUUUAAUUUAUUAAUCCCAUUUAGCUCAACCAAUAUGUGCAUCACUUUUUACUAGCUAUAACUUUUGAUCCCUGCAUCAACUGAAAUUGGAUCUGCCACCAUUUUUGCAGUUUUAGGCCCAUAACUCCAUGCCAUCAGUCAUAAAUGGUCCAAACUAUACCUUUUUGGCAUCUUUAUUAUCAGAACAAAUAUGAGGGAUGCUUCAAUAUAAUUGAAGCAUUUGAAGUAUCAGAUAUUGGACCUUUGUAUAAUCCUUUAUGAACCUUGUUCUGGCUGUAGCUGCCACCCUGGGAUGACCACCAUGCAUUUUUAAGUGUUGUUUAAGUACCCUUAAGUGCUACCAAAACCACUGCUUGGGCUAUGGACGUCCAUAUGAUUCUGUGGCUCUUUUUGUGGCAGUGCACGCAAACAGCAAUUUCUUCAACCUGUUUUGGGGACAGUUAAACACUCAGUGAGCCGAUGCGUUGCUUAUUUCAAGUUUGUGGCUCAUGUUGUGUUCAUUCCUUCACACUUUGAAGAUGCAAGUUCUGCUACAGUGCCCCCCCCCCCCCCCCCCCCCCCCCCCCAACAAGUAUUACAACCUUGCACCAUGUAGCAUCAAGUAUUCAUGAUCACACAACCUCUGACAUGAACAGGAGAACCUACAGUGCCAAGCUGUUACCAUUGUACCAUCGGCUUUCUAUGGUGACUGCAUUUUUUUUAACCUGGUUUACCAAAGUAGGAUAUUCAUGUUUUGCUAUUUGACUAUUUUUGUUAUACUUCUUCAUUGGAAGUGCAUAUUUACUGUACAAUGUACGAAUGAGGACACUAUCGCUUCUCUUCAGUUAGGAAGCUGCAGUUGUUGGAUCUGUUUGACUUUGUUGCCAGGCGUUCCAUUUCUUGCUUCCUGGUUGAAAUUGUGUGGCAGUAUGUUCUGCAUGUUCCCUUCAGCCUGGUUUUGCUUUGAAGGAAUGGCUCGUUUUUUUGUUUGAGUGGGGCUAGCUUUGAGCACAGACUACAUGUAACGUGUGAUCCUUGCACUACCACGAGGCACUCUCCGUGCCUUACACCUCAUCACCUGGAAACUGUAGCGAGAAGUUUGACCGGAGAAACUAAAACACCCGAUUGUGUGUGCAACUCGCUCUAAAAGUCGCAGCGAGUCACUCCUCAUCUCUGUGGUUUGGGACCAGUUCAUUUCAGAUUUUUUGUUGUAUUUGCAGACGUAUUCUGUUAGAAUUUGCAUGGCUUAGUUCAUUUUCAAUGCAAGAAUGGUUAUAAUUUAGUUACAAACCCCCCCCCCCCCCCACUCCACCCCACCCUGACCAAGAACCAACACAGCUCCAGUAGUGAUCAGCUGUUCGCUGCAGUGCCACAUAACAACUCAAAAGCAACAAAAUGUGCCCCAGCUGCCACAAACGGCUCACUUUGUUCGAGCGCAAUGAGGCCGUUAUCUGUACUGACCGCCAUCAAACACAUACAGUAAUAAACCUCAAAUACUGAGAGCCCGACUGAUAGCGAUCUGCUAUUAUUAAAUGUCACAUUAUUCCUAAAGUGAUGGUAAAUAUCCCGUAUGACAACAAUUGAGAUGUGAUUGAUAAAUGGUAUAAGUAACGAUAAAAUUAUAUAAAACCAAAUGAAAAAAACUUGUUUUGAGAAAGUAAACAUUUUUAUUAAUGUAGAAUCUAAUCAGUACACAUCAUUUCUUGUAUUUAUCAUCACACACAUUGCAUUGAACAGCUCAACACACACACACACGUGUAUGUCAUUUCCACCAGCCAAAAGGAUGUUUUAUUUUUUGUUUUGUUUUUUGUUUUUGCUCCAGAUAAUCCCAUCACAGACCCACAUUGGACAAUUUUAUUGACCAACUGAUGAAUCAUUUGGGGUCUACAAAUGUACUUUAGAAAACCAUCAGCUACCACUGAAUCACAUCCAAAAUCAGGUUCCUCCUUUGAUUGUUGUUUUUUUUUUUUUAGUAUUAUUAUUGCUGGAAGAGUUGAAAUGGAUUGAGCCCAAAUUCACUAAUGUAUUCUAAAUAAAGUAGAAUGUAUUAUAUUUUGCCAUAUUUAUAACUGUUACACUGUUUUGGGGGGACAUUUCUCCAUGAGUGGAAGGGCAGUCUGAAUAAUCAAUUCAAGUGCUACUGUUUCUUUUAUAUACAGUUAUCAUGGCUUUCUGCAAAUCAAUAAAAACUGUUUGUAAUGG